ACCGAAUUACAAACUGGUUAACAAACUCGGCAGUGGAGAAGCCUCCGAUCCGUUGGGCUCAUAAAAUGGGUUGGACUCGAUGCUCAGAGCAGCAGUUUGGUCGAAGUAUCCAAGCGAACAACAUGAAGUCGGUUAUUAUUCUUUUGGCUUUUGUGGCUUUAUGCCAUUCGGCUCCUUUGGAGGUCAAGGAUGCGUCGACAGAGGCUCUUUCCAGACCCAGUCCCAUUAGUCCCGAUGUGAUCAGUGAUCCCAAGCCGGCGGAGAAGGUAGUCCUGCUGAAGGACACUCCAGUUGUGGAUCGCGAGAAGCGGGAGGCUCAUCACGAGGAGGGUCACAAGGUGGACGACAAACCUCAGGUGGAGGAUCUUUCGUUGCCGCACGCUAAGCCCGUGGACGCCCAUACAGCUGAGUUGCCCAAAAAGAAGGAGAAGCGCGAAACCGUACAGAAACCUGACAGUGUGAAGGCCCAUGAGACCCUCCAGCAUAAUCCCGCUCGCCACGAGGAACUCCAUAAGCAAAUUGCAACUCUGGCCGAAAAGGACAAGGACACCAAACAUCGCCACCAGAGAGACAUCCCCGUGCCCACUCAAACUAAAGCCACCGCAGAGCCUGCAGCACCCACUAAACCGGAAACCGGAAGCACUACGCCAGCCUCCCAUCUGAAUAUUCCCCAUCCCAUUCCCGUGGCCGAACUCUUCGAGAAGAACAAGCAGAAGGCCUCCUCCAGUUCCGAAGAAAGCAAGGAGAGCAAGGAGAAAGCCAAGGCCUAAACUUCGACAACCAAAAGUUGCUAAUUCGACCAUCACGAGCUUUUACUCAACGAAAUUGUAUUAAAAUAAACAAAAAUAUUUACAUGCUUACAUAAAAA